CAAAGCCCCGCCGACUCACGCGCGCGCAGCCACUUCCUGCUCCACAGGUGCGAGGCGCUGGCUGCUGCGACGGCAGCCUUGGUCGCGCGAAUAAGCGCCCUCUCGGCGGCUCGCGCUCUCCGCGACGACGACGCAGCCGAAUUCGAUGCCAUGGCGACGCGAUACGUCGCGUUACAUCGACGCUGAAGCAAUACCUCGCUCUGGACUUUACCGUCAUGGUCGUCUCCCGACUGGAGCAGGCGCCUGUCCAGGACGCGUCGGGGCCCAGAUAAGGCGGCCCGUGCUUGUGACUGCCUGCCGACAACACCCGGUCUUCCCAAGAAAACUAGGAGCCGAACGCGAAACUCAGCAGGGGUCAGGAUGGCUUACCGUUGUCUAGUCGCUUCAAUCGUCGCCCUCGUGGCGUCGUCUUGCCAAGCCAACACUAACGUGCUGCGAGCCAGCUGCUUGUGGAACGAGUCCCAGGAAAAAGAGAGUUCGGUGCAGGUCGACUGUUCGCGAAAGGGCCUCACUAUUGUUCCCGCAGGCAGCUACUGGCCGCGAAACAUCUACAAGAUGGACCUGAGCCACAACUUCAUCGACCACAUCACACACCUGGAGCCGUCCAACGUUUCGGUGCUAGACCUUCACGACAACCGGAUCGCAAUCGUAGAGCCGGGAGUGUUCUCCGCCUUCCCGCAGCUUCAGUUCUUGGACUUGAGCGAAAAUUCACUCGAAGUUCUUCACGGGGAUGUCUUCGUAAACAUGACGAACUUACGAGCCUUGAAUCUUAGCGGGAACAAACUAAUACAGCCUCCUAUAGAAUUAUUCCGGCCGUUGGUGUCCCUAGAACAACUGAACUUGAACAGGAACCCACUGCGGUAUCUACAGAUUGGGCUGUUCAAGCUGCCCAACCUUGAGCGUCUAGAGUUGUCGAACAUCGGCGCUCACUCGCUACCGGACGGUAUAUUCCACACAAUGCCGCGCCUCGUUUAUUUGGACCUGUCCGGGAACUUAUUUGAUAAGGUGCCUUCCAGUGCGUUGCGCAGUGCUGAUGGUCUGAAAGUUCUAGUCAUGUCGGACAAUCCAGUGGGCACGCUUGGUUACAACUCCUUCUUCAAGCUGCACAAUAUCGAAGAACUAUAUGUUGAGAAAAUGAAAGAUCUGGAAGCUGUCGAAGGCGACGCCUUCUCCUACCAGAAGAAAAUGAGGUCUCUGUUCUUGGGCAAUAAUCCCAAGCUGAAAAGCAUAGACCUCGACAUUUUUGGCGUGUUCUGGCGCGUCGAGCCGGCGGCCAACUGGACCUUGCGAGAAUUUUAUCUGCAGAACAACAACAUCCAGUAUCUGGACGAAGACAUCGCACCGUGGAAAGAAUUUGAAAUCUUAGACCUCCAGGGAAAUCCCUGGGUAUGUGACUGCAACAAUGCUUGGAUUCGAAAGCUGCAACUCCAAAAAGAAUUGACAGUCCAACUCAGGUGCGGAAGCCCUACUGCGUACGAGCACAAGCCCAUGUUGGAGGUGCCCGAUGAAGUUUUUGCUUGCCCGAGCUUGCGAGUCGAGCGCGAACAGAGCAGCACUUUCCGCACGGGUGUGCUGGUUGUCGGGGCGCUCAGUAUCAGUGCCAUCUUGCUGUCGGCCAUAUUGCUGAUCAAACGAAAGAACCUCUACCAGCGGUUCAUGUCACGCAAGAACAGGAAUGGUAGCGUGUACUACGUCAAGGCGCAUACAAAUCCCGUGGACGGAUUCGACCCUAGCGCCUAACAGCGGACACGUCUCAUGUUUGUACAGUCUGUGUGGUGAGCUAACGGCGCUGUUGCUCACUGUAAAGCGCAUCGGCUGUGGAAACUCAUUCAGCGAUUACUACAAGACACCUGAACGACCCAGCAUGGCAGCUGCGCUAGGGAACUCGGAACUACCGCGGUAUUUACUGCCAAGUCUGACGGUUGGCACUACCUUGCAUGGUGUCGUGGGCAACACUUUCUUGUGAACGGCAUCUGUUGGAAGUCUGUGUGGCGAGAGGUUUAUGCGUGCCCAAUGCGGCAAACUGCUUUUUGAGAUAUGUGUGGCGUCUGCAAGACAACGUAAAUUCUUCACGUCAUGGUCUCCCUACAGUGUCAUGCCUAAUUGGGCAGGAAAGACUUCAUGUCCGCUUUCCCUGCAGAACAGCCUUCUUUGUAUGAACACUGACUUAAUGGUGUGAUGUCGACAGUAUUCUGAACGAUGGCAGUUUGGUAAUGCGGUAAGAAGCUUUGAACCAUUUUAUAGC